AAAAUGAAGUUCACACCACCUCCCGCAUCACUGCGAAAUCCUUUAAUCAUUCCGGAAAAGAUAAUGAUGGGUCCUGGACCGUCCAACUGCUCCAAGCGUGUUCUGACAGCUAUGACCAACACUGUGCUGAGUAAUUUCCAUGCCGAAUUGUUCCAAACGAUGGACGAGGUCAAGGAUGGUUUGAGAUACAUUUUCCAGACGGAAAACCGAGCAACGAUGUGCGUGAGUGGUUCAGCUCACGCUGGAAUGGAAGCUAUGUUGAGCAAUCUGCUGGAGGAAGGUGAUCGAGUGCUGAUCGCAGUGAAUGGAAUUUGGGCAGAGCGGGCUGUCGAAAUGUCUACGCGUUAUGGGGCAGAUGUUAAAACGAUCGAAGGUCCAGCAGAUCGUCCGUUCGGUCUUGAAACACUGACCAGGGCCAUUGAACUUCACCAGCCCAAGUGUUUGUUUCUGACUCACGGCGAUUCUUCAAGCGGGCUACUGCAACCACUGGAAGGGGUGGGUCAGAUUUGCCACCAGCACGACUGUUUGCUUAUAGUUGAUGCUGUUGCAUCGCUGUGCGGUGUGCCGUUUUAUAUGGACAAAUGGGAAGUCGAUGCUGUGUAUACCGGUGCCCAAAAGGUGCUUGGGGCUCCCCCCGGAAUCACCCCUAUUUCCAUUAGCCCGAAAGCACUGGAUGUUAUUAGAAAUCGUCGCACAAAGUCAAAAGUUUUUUAUUUUGAUCUGCUGCACCUUGGCAAUUAUUGGGGUUGUUAUGAUGAGCCUAAACGCUAUCAUCAUACAGUGGCGUCUAAUCUAAUAUUUGCUUUACGCGAAGCUUUAGCACAAAUCGCAGAAGAAGGACUGGAGGCACAGAUCAAACGUCGCAAGGAAUGUGCAAAAGUUUUGUACGAUGGUCUAGGUAAGAUGGGCUUCGAGAUCUUUGUCAAGGAUCCCAAACAUCGUCUGCCUACGGUGACCGGAAUCAUGAUACCGAAAGGCAUUGACUGGUGGAAAGUAUCGCAAUACGCUAUGAAUACUUUUUCACUGGAAGUACAAGGAGGACUUGGUCCCACAUUUGGUAAAGCAUGGCGUGUAGGCAUUAUGGGUGAAUGUUCAACAGUGCAAAAAAUUCACUUCUACCUUUACGGCCUAAAGGAAUCCCUCAAAGCAACACAUCCCGACUAUGUUUUUGAAGAAAGCAAUGGAUUUCAUUAA